AUGGGCUCUUCCACCUGGCCUCUUCUCCCCUACUUCGCCUCCUUCCUGCUGCUGCCUCCGCUCCACGCCUCAGCUGAGCCCCGGCAGCUGUUCCAGGUGCUGGAGGAGCAACCUCCGGGCACCUGGGUGGGCACCAUUGCCACCCGACCGGGCUUCACCUAUCGCCUGAGUGAGCACCACGCCCUGUUCUCCAUCAAUGCCACUUCAGGGGACCUCCACACCCGGGCCACCAUCGACCGCGAGACCCUGGCCAGCGAUGUGAUGGAUCUUGUGGUGCUCUCCAGCCAACCGACCUACCCCAGCGAGGUGCGUGUGGUGGUGCUGGACCUGAAUGACAAUGCUCCCGUCUUCCCGGACCCUUCCAUUGUGGUGACCUUCAAGGAGGACACGGGGAGCGGCCGGCAGCUUAUCCUGGACACGGCUACCGAUGCAGACAGCGGGACCAAUGGCGUGGACCACAGCUCUUACCGCAUCGUGGGUGGCAACGAAGAGGGCCGCUUCCGGCUCAACAUCACGCUCAACCCCAGUGGGGAAGGGGCCUUCCUGCACUUGGUCUCUCGUGGCGGGCUGGAUCGAGAGGCCACCCCGGCCUACCAACUGCUGGUGCAGGUGGAGGACAAAGGGGAGCCGCGGAGGCGUGGAUACUUACAAGUCAACGUCACGGUGCAGGAUAUAAAUGACAACCCGCCAGUCUUUAGCCAGACCCUCUACCAAGCUCGUGUGCCUGAGGAUGCACCUGUCGGGGCCAGUGUCCUGCAGGUGACGGCAGCGGAUGCUGAUGAGGGCACCAAUGCUGACAUCCACUACCGCCUGGAGGGGACAGAAAGUGCUGCUGGAGAUGGAACAGGGGCACUUCCUUUUGAGGUGGACCCGGAAAGCGGGGUCAUCCGGAUCCGGGAGGCGCUGGACUACGAGUCCCGGCGUCAGUACUCCCUCACCGUCCAGGCCACAGACCGAGGGGUGCCAGCUUUAAGCGGCCGCGCCGAGGCUCUGAUCCGCCUGCUCGACGUGAACGAUAACGAGCCACGGGUCAAAUUCCGCUAUUUCCCGGCCACCUCCCGCUUUGCCUCUGUGGAUGAGAAUGCAGCGCCUGGCACAGUGGUGGCGCUGUUGACUGUUAGUGAUGCCGACUCGCCGGCGGCCAAUGGGAAUAUCUCGGUGUCCAUCUUGGGUGGGAAUGAGCAGCGCCACUUUGAGGUGCAGAGCAGCAAAGUCCCCAACCUGAGCCUUAUAAAAGUGGCCGCUGCUCUCGACCGGGAGCGCAUACCCACCUAUAACCUCACCGUGGCUGUGAUGGACAACUUUGGGGCUCCCCCGCCAUCCCCCAGUGCCCUGCCCUCUGCCCUGAGCCCCGAAGGAGCUGCUCCUGCCCCGGUGAGCCGUUCCUCCGUGGCUAGCCUGGUGAUCUUUGUGAACGACAUCAACGACCACCCGCCUGUCUUUGGGCAGUCAGUGUACCAAGUGAAUAUCAGUGAAGAGGUGCCACCCGGGAGCUAUGUGCAAGGCCUGAGUGCUACGGAUCGUGACUCUGGUCUUAACGCCAACCUCAAGUAUAGUAUUGUUUCUGGCAAUGAGCUGGGCUGGUUCUGUAUUAGUGAGCACAGCGGCCUAGUCACCACCAAAAGCCUUGACACCAUCAUGGCUAGGCCUCUCCUGGGGGUUUCUGGCUCAAGCACAGCAGCUUCUGGUGGGCUAGACCGGGAGAUAGCUUCCCAGGUAGUGCUAAAUGUCAGCGCUCGUGACCAAGGUGUGCAGCCCAAAGUUUCCUAUGCCCAGCUGGUUGUGAAUAUCCUGGAUGUUAAUGAUGAGAGGCCCCGGUUUGGCCAGCCAGAUGGUUAUCAUGUGUCUGUGGCAGAGAAUUCCCCUUCAGGAACUGAGCUGCUAGUUCUCACUGCUGCCGAUGGCGACUUGGGAGAUAAUGGCACAGUGCGCUUCUCCUUGCAAGAAUCUGAGCCGGGAGGGGUGGCGGGUGGUCUGUCAGUUGCUCCGUGGGGAUUUUUCCGCUUGGAUCCUAUAUCAGGCAGGCUCAGCACAAUCUCACAGCUAGAUCGGGAAGAACAGGGGCAAUACACCCUGCAGGUCCUAGCCACUGACCUGGGCUCUCCUCCCCUCUCCUCAGUGGCUCAGGUUAACGUCAGCCUGCUUGAUGUGAAUGAUAACAGCCCCCUCUUCUACCCUGUCCAGUACUUUGCCCACAUCCAAGAAAAUGAGCCUGCAGGCAGUUAUGUAGCCACUGUGUCUGCCAGUGACCCCGACCUUGGGCUGAAUGGGACCAUCAGGUACAGCAUCUCAGCAGGAGACACCUCCAGGUUUCAGAUUCAUAGCCUGACGGGGGUUAUCACCACCAAAACAGUCCUGGAUAGAGAGGAAAAGACUGCUUACCAGCUGCAGGUAGUGGCCAGUGAUGGCGGCAACCUCCAAUCCCAGAACCAGGCAAUCGUUACUGUCACUGUCUUAGACACCCAGGAUAAUCCCCCAGUGUUUGGCCAGGAUAUCUACAGCUUUGUGGUCUUUGAAAAUGUGGCCUUGGGUUACCACGUAGGCCGUGUUUCCGCUUCCUCUAUGGACCUGAGCACCAACAUCACUUACCUGAUCACCACAGGUGAUCAGAGGGGUAUCUUUGAGAUUCACAAGAUGACAGGCCUGAUCACCACCGCCAGCGUCAUAGACAGGGAAGAGCAGGCCUUUUACCAGCUCAAAGUGGUGGCGAGUGGUGGAACAAUAACGGGGGAUGCUUUGGUCAAUAUAACUGUCAGAGAUUUAAAUGACAAUUCCCCCCACUUCCUGCAUGCAGUGGAAAGUGUGAAUGUGGUUGAGAACUGGAGUACUGGGCAUACCAUCUUCCAAGCCAAAGCGGUUGACCCUGAUGAAGGGGUGAACGGCAAGGUCCUCUACAGCCUUAAGCAAAAUCCCAAGGACCUAUUUAAUGUCGAUGAGCAGAGUGGUGCUGUAAGCUUGACAGGGCCACUGGACAUAAAUGCUGGGUCUUAUCAAGUGGAGAUUAUGGCCACAGAUUUGGGGGUCCCUCAGCAUUCCUCUAGUUUCAUUUUAACAGUCUCUGUCCAUGAUGUAAAUGACAACCCACCCGUGUUUGACCAGCUCUCCUACGAAGUCACCAUCUCUGAGCUGGAGCCUGUGAACUCCAGGUUCUUUAGCGUGCAUGCUUCUGACCGAGAUUCAGGCGCAAAUGGAGAAAUAGCUUACGCCAUAAUAGAAGGAAAUACUGGAGAUGCCUUUGGCAUAUUUCCAGAUGGGCAGUUGUAUAUAAAGUGUGAGCUGGAUCGUGAACUUCAGGAAAGAUACACGCUACUGGUGGAGGCUUCUGAUAGAGCUGUGGAACCGCUCAGUGCCACUGUAAAUGUCACUGUCAUUCUAGAAGAUGUCAAUGAUAACAGGCCAUUGUUUAACAGUACCAAUUACGUUUUUUAUUAUGAGGAGGAGCAGAAUGGUGGGUCCUUUGUAGGUAAAAUCAGUGCUGUUGACAAAGACUCUGGGUCGAAUGGUGAAGUCAGAUACUCAUUUGAACACAUGCAGCCUGAUUUUGAGUUGAAUGCCAUGAGUGGGGAAAUUACAAGCACUCAUCAGUUAGACAGGGAAUCCCUUAUGAGGCAGAGGGGAGCAGCUGUGUUUACACUUACAGUCAUUGCGAUGGAUCAGGGGUUGCCAAAGCCUUUAAGGGACCAGGCAACUGUGCAGGUUUACUUGAAGGAUAUCAAUGAUAAUGCACCCAAGUUUUUAAAAGAACUUUACCAAGCUACAAUAUCAGAACUAGCUGCAAACCUGACACACGUUUUAAGGGUGUCUGCCUCCGAUGUUGAUGAAAGCAAUAAUGGACUGAUCCACUAUUCUGUCAUUAAGGGCAACGAAGAAAACCAGUUUACAAUAGACAGUGGCACUGGUCAGGUGACUUUAAUUGGCAAACUGGACCACGAAGCUACUGCAGCUUAUUCACUUACAAUCCAAGCAGUAGAUUCUGGGGUGGUUCCCCUAAGCUCUGUUUGUACAUUGAACAUUGACAUACUGGAUGAAAAUGACAACAGCCCUUCCUUUCCCAAGUCAACUUUGUUUGUUGAUGUCUUGGAAAACAUGAGGAUUGGGGAACUUGUGUCUUCUGUUACUGCCACUGAUUCUGACUCGGGGGACAAUGCUGACCUUCAUUAUAGCAUUACAGGAACAAAUAACCACGGGACGUUUAGCAUCAGUCCCAACACUGGCAGCAUUUUCCUGGCCAAAAAGUUGGAUUUUGAAACCCAGUCCAUGUAUAAACUAAACAUCACCGCAAAGGACAAAGGAAGGCCUCCUCAAUCCUCUACCAUGUCUGUUGUAAUAUAUGUCAGGGAUUAUAAUGACAACCCACCCAAAUUCCCACCUGGAGAUAUAUUUAAGUCUGUUGUUGAGAACAUUGCCAUUGGCACCUCAGUCAUUGCUGUAACUGCUCAUGACCCAGAUGCAGAUAUAAAUGGGCAGCUGACCUAUACAAUCAUUCAGCAGAUGCCAAGAGGGAACCACUUCCGUAUCGACGAAGUCAAAGGAACAAUAUAUACCAGUGCUGAAAUAGAUCGUGAGUUUGCUAACCUCUUUGAGCUAACAGUGAAAGCAACUGACCAGGCUGUCCCUGUAGAAUCUAGAAAGUUUGCUUUGAAGAAUGUGACCAUUUUGGUAACUGACCAGAAUGACAACAUUCCUACUUUUGUGUCACAAAAUGCCCUUGCUGCAGACCCCUCUGUUGUGAUUGGCACAGUUCUGACCACGAUUGUUGCCGCGGAUCCUGAUGAAGGAGCAAAUGGGGAGGUGGAGUAUGAAAUAAUUAACGGGGACACAGACACCUUUAUCGUGGAUCGAUACAGUGGGGACCUGAGAGUGUCAACAACCUUAGUGCCAUCUCAGCUUAUGUACAGCUUCAUCGUUGCAGCCACAGAUCUUGGCCCAGAGAGAAGGAAAUCCACCACUGAGAUGACUGUAAUUCUGCAAGGACUUGAUGGGCCUGUUUUCACUCAGCCAAAAUACAUCACCAUUUUAAAAGAAGGUGAGCCUAUUGGGACAGAUGUGAUAUCCAUUGAGGCAUCUAGUCCUAGGGGCACUGAAGCUCUAGUGGAGUAUUUCAUAGUCUCGGUGCGUUGUGAAGACAAAAUGUUUGGCCGACUCUUUACCAUUGGGCGCCACACCGGGGUGAUCCAGACUGCGGCCAUUUUGGACCGGGAACAAGGAGCUCGCCUGUAUCUGGUGGACGUUUAUGCCAUCGAGAAAUCUGCUGCUUUGCCACGAACUCAGAGAGCAGAGGUAACAUCUAUUUUAUUUAUUUCUUUGAAAAGUAAAUAGCUGUUUUGUUUUUGGUUCUGUCAGCUCAGUUCAAUUAUGCUUUUCUCCUAUACAUAUUUUUGUAUCCAGUCCCCUUGCUUCCACAGGAAUUUACUUCAGAGUAG